AUGCACUCAAAACUUUCUCCAGACUGUGGCCAUUCAAAUUCUGGAAUGUGUGCUUUAAGGUGCGUUUUACAAAGGACUUAUAAUUUAACAGCAGAGGAAACAAAACGUUCAAGUCCUCGACUUCUUUCCUGCAAUUCACUUUAUACGCUUAGUGCAACGACAGCAGAGCUUCAGGACUCUGACCAUGUUGUUAGCAUCCAGCCAACUUUCGAGAGUUCGUGUCCGAUUAAUAAAGCGAGCGGAACAGUGGCGUUUUCGAUUGGAGGAAGUUCCUCGAAGGCUAACGAGGAUGACGCUUCUUCUGUAGAUUCUGUAGCAUUUCGGGGGCUUACUGACUCAUUAGUGUCUCAUGGCAGUGAUGACUUGUUGCAAAGGAUAGAAGAUGAUCAUUCUAAAGAAGCAGGUUGUUCUGGCGAAAAUGUGGAUUCGGAGGAAGCCUACGAUAAAUUGCCUGAAGCGCAGCGUUCUUUAGUGAACGCAUGCGAUGCUGGUCAUACCUUAUCAAAAGCUAACAAGAAUGGAAUGCUUUUGCAGGAAAGUUGGUUUUCCGGUCAAACUUGCUUGUGGAGGCUGUUUGAAUCAAACGUUUUUAAUGUUGUCAUUGCAAUGCAGUAUCUGUAUCGUUCGCGGGAUCCUGGGAUUCUUAAGUAUUUAGGUACUCGUUUAUUUGAUUUUCCUGAACAAGCCGUGGAUUUCUAUUUGCCACAGUUAGUAAAUUUGUACAUAAACGCUUCAGAAGUUGCGGGAGCUAUACACCCUUACAUUGUUAAAAGAUGCAGUGGUAGUGUUGAAUUUUCAUUGGAAUGUUGCUGGUUAUUGGAUGCGUAUGCUUCCGAUCCCAGUGGCGCAGUGAAACCGACAAAUCAAGGCUACUAUUUACGUAAACAUAUAAUGAGUGAAUUCGAGCGUGCAGUUGGGAAAGGAAAUUCAAACAAUUCUAUGCUGAGUCAGGCAAACGGUCAUGGACAGCUGCAACAUGCUCGCUCGAGAUCAGAAGCAACUAUGUACGAAACAGUUCAGUCUGGGAACAACAGUGCAGCUAUUAGGCGCAGUGAAAGCGUUUUGAACACAAGCUAUAAUGAAGAAGCUGGGGAUCUGACAAGCGGUUGCGCUUUUGACAACGGGUGUACUUGCUUUGAUGAUUUUGAGACGGAAGAGCUUUUACAGUCGGAAGAAAAGUUGGGCGAUAGACAGUGUACUUGUGGUGCUGAGAAAAUACGUCCUCAGCAAACAUUUGUUAAAGCUUUAAUGGAUAUUGGUGAGCGCUUGAAAUUGCUGGCUUCGAAAGAAGAGAAGUCGCUUCACCUGGUUAAUGAAUUAGUGUCGGUCAACUUGAAUCUACCAGCUCGAGUGUGGCUUCCAUUGUAUUCCGAUACAAUUAAACAUAUAGUUCUUAGAAUUCCUUACUUUGCUGGUUGCGUUUUGAACAGUAAAGAUAAGGCUCCUUUUUGUUUGUACGUAGAAGUGUUGGAAGUGGAGGAUGUCCGUUUUUCUGUUAUUCCUCAUCGGAUCAGUCAUAUAGAAUUUUUUCACCGCAGACAGCGAGAAAGUUCCUCUAAUCUACAGACCAGAUUAACUCCUCAAGAAACCGUUUUGAUGCUAAAAAACACUCCUGAUGAUCCGUCAGCUUUCACUAUGAGUGAGCCGUGGGAAGAAAAGGUAGCAAGAAUUCGAGAAGAGUCUCCUUACGGAAACAGUUCACGUUGGAAGCUGUUACCAGUUAUUAUAAAAACUGGUGACGAUCUUCGGCAGGAACUUCUUGCUUACCAGUUGCUUACUGCUUUAAAAAAUAUCUGGGAUGAAGAAAGAGUUCCUUUGUAUCUGCGACCGUCAAAAAUUGUUGUCUGUUCAAGAUCGUCGGGGAUGAUCGAGCCAAUUGUUAACGCUUGUUCGCUUCACCAAGUAGGUUUUUGUCGUUUUCGCUUUUUCUCCAUUGCGUAUUUGAAAUUUAUCACCGCUUCUGCAAAGACAAUUCCAUCUUGGUGUAUUUUUACCCUUUUGUCUUUGUUCAAUUACAUUUUGAUUAAAAAGAAUUUGUGCCUCAGUUUGUUGGAUGAGAGGCAAAGAAGACCAAGCCCUUCCAUGCUUUUGGCUCAUUUUUUAAAUACAUAUGGACCACCUCAAUCUGAAGCAUUUUUAUAUGCUCAGCAUAAUUUCGUCCAAAGUUGUGCCGGUUACAGCUUGGCAUGUUAUUUUCUCCAAGUCAAGGAUAGGCAUAACGGAAAUAUUUUGUUGGAUGGAGAUGGCCAUUUGAUACAUAUAGAUUUUGGAUUUUUCCUUUCAACUUCCCCAAAAAAUCUCGGAUUUGAAUCUUCACCUUUUAAAUUAACACAAGAAGUUAUUGAUGUAAUGGGAGGGGUUGGAAGCGACAUGUUUAAAUAUUAUAAAAUACUUUUGCUUCAAGGAUUAGUUGCUGCACGGAAACACAUGGAUCGAAUUAUAAAUAUUAUUGAAAUAAUGAGUAUUGAAGUUGGUGGGACUUUUAAAAGGGUUGUUUGGGAUCUAACCGGAGAUAAAAUUACAGGAUCACAGUUGCCUUGUUUCCGUGGAGGGCCUGGUGCUAUCCGAGCAUUGAGAGAUCGAUUCCAUAUGAGCUGUACUGAGGAACAGCUUCAGGCUUUGGUCGAAACUUUGGUGGAGCAGAGCCGCGACUCUCUAACUACGCGACUGUAUGACAGCUUCCAGUAUUACACUAAUGGAAUCUUGUAG